CUGUAGUCACGCCAUCCGAACCGGGCAGUUGAAAAAGCUUCUGAGAGAGUUCAAUAUUGUUUGACACCCUUUAAAACUAACUGUUGCAGUUUUGUAAGUAGAUGUCGGAAAGCAAGACGGUCCAGUUACCUUUUGAAGGUCUAUCUUCCAUUAACCGUUAUGAAUCAAACAGAAAUGACUCAGAUAAUUGUUUAAAAAACCGUACGGCUCAUAGGAACAAUUAUAUUUCGGUGUUAGCUGUAACUUCAUUAGAAAAUAUGCAGAACUGUAAUAUAGGCCAACGUCUCAACAAAUCUACUGCAAAUUCAUGUAAAGAAGAUAAAGAAAAUAGAAAACGGAAAGCUGAUGAUUCAUCGAACUGCGUAUCUAAUUGCAAUAACACCGGCGAAACGAAGUUGUCAAGCUCCGUGCGAUCAGAAUGUGCUGAACUUGAAGUUGAAGGCGUCUGCCAAAAUCAUGGAUUUGCAGAAACUAUUCCUCAUAAAAAGUCUAGUAGAAUGAAAAAAGAUAAAGCAGAAAGUUCAUCAAUCAACUCUUCUUCAGCUAAUAUAAGUCAAGUCAAUCACCAAAUGUCUUCCAUGAAUAAAGUCAAAGUCUUCCCUAGCAUUAAAGAAGAGAUGAAGUUUCAUCCCACCUCUGGAAUUUCUAUUCUGGAUGACACUCCAAUGCCAAUGGGUAUGGAUGAUCAGGAGGAUGCUGAUUUACCAAUGUUUUUGAAUCCAAUGAUAUUGGGAAUACCACCAAUUGAUCCUAGAUUAUUUGUUUGCAAAAGACCACAAGUCAUACGAGAGCAUGGCACUAAUUUUUUCAAUACUCUUCAAGAUGAGCAUAUUUUACAAAUCUUCAAAUGGCUGCCCAAGCACACACUAAUCAAGUGUGCACAAGUCUGCACAAGAUUUAAAUCAAUUGCGCUGGACCACACACUUUGGCGUCGCUUAGACCUGAAUGGAAGACAUUUGCAACCUGGAAUGCUGGGCCGCAUUAUCCUCAGGGGUGCAAAAUAUCUUAGACUCAGCAAGGCUGAUAUUUCAGGUCCUGUGUUUUCACCAAGCCUCAACUACUUACCUAGAAUUGGAUCCAAUUUGAUAUUCCUUGACCUGAGCAUGGCUGAUUGCACCCCUGAGACCCUUGCUGAGCUUUUCUCAGUUUGUAGAAGAUUGAAGAAAGUCAGUCUGGAGUUCCUAACUCUCACUGACGAAGUGUUUAUCAACUUGAGUGAUAACCUCAGCCUCGACACACUCAACCUUUCAAUGGCUGUUGGUGUCAGCGCCAACGGCCUCGGCACGCUCCUAGCAAAGUGCACAGAACUUCAUCACUUGAACGUCGCAUGGACACACAUGAGUCAGAACUGUGUGCAGGAGCUGGUAUUGAAGGCAUCUCCGCGGCUGGAGAGCCUCAACAUGGCCGGUCAUCGUCGUGGGCAGGUGCGGGACGAGGAGGUGCGUACGCUGUGCAUGCGCCUGCAUCAUCUCAAGGAGCUCGACCUCAGCGACUGCACCGAGAUAACUUCUCAAAGCCUGCACGCCAUCGCCACCAAACUAAGACGACUCACGGUGCUGGGCUUGUCGCGCUGCUACGGGUUACGUGCUGAAACUUAUGAGAUGCUGGCAGCUAUGCCGCAGCUGCAGCACUUAUCGUUGUUUGGGGUUCACGACGAUGCCGCGAUGGGUGCCCUGAGAGCCCGCCUCCCUCGCGUCACCGUGAACGGUCAGCUCUUCACCACCGUGGCUCGACCCACGGUGGGGCUGCGGCGCACCAGCAUCUGGACCAUCAGGGUUAGAGAUUCCUAAUGUUUGGUUGCUCAGUUGGGAGGAUUAGUGCCUUAGUUACAUGGGCCACCAGAUUCAGAGAUACCUAAUGUUUGGUGCCUCAGUUUGGAGGAUUAGUGCCUUAAUUACAUGGGCCACCAGAGACAGAGAUACCUAAUGUCUGGUUGCUCAGUUGGGUGGAUUGGUGCCUUAGUUACAUGGGCCAACAGGGUCAGAGAUACCUAAUGUUUGGUGCCUCAGUUAGUGGAUUGGUGCCUUAGUUACAUGGGCCAACAGAGUCAGAGAUACCUAGUCUUUGGUGCCUCAUUUGGGAGGACUUGUGCCUUAGUUACAUGGGCCAACAGUCAGAGAUACCUAGUGUUUGGUGCGUCAGUUGGGAGGACUAGUGCCUUAGUUACAUGGGCCAACGGAGUCAGAGAUACCUAGUGUUUGGUGCCUCAGUUGGGAGGACU